GUCUACGUCAGCGCUGCCAGCGUGGAGAGAGACACCAGGAAGUCACACCAUUCAAUUGACUACACAAAUGUUGAGCAAGGAUACGUGAGCUGGAUUUUUGUGCUUCUUGGAUUUGUUUUCUUAAAAUAUAAAGCCUGCGAUAACAAAUAGGGACGCGGAGAGCCCCUGCGACUGGGCUUUCAACAUUGCACGGAGAAGCCGCCCGUGAAGAUGAUGGACCCUACACUUGCCAAGAUGGGGAACCAUCUCUCUGAUGCCAUGAAGAUUUUGGAAAGUGGAAAAUUGGAGACAGAACAGGUCAAAGCAAGAAGAAAGCUGAGUUGGAAAGCUAUUCCAGGACCCUUGCAAGGAGAUGGACAGGAUGUUGUGAGCAUACUCCAGCUAGUCCAGAACCUGAUGCAUGAAAAUGAUGACAUGCAGGGUCAUCGCAGGAUGCAUUAUGUUGGAGAGCAGGGACACAUGGCUCUGUUGGGACACAGUCUGGCCGCAUAUAUUUCUGUCCUGGAUCGAGAAAGACUGAGAAAGCUGACCACACGCAUCCUGUCGGAUACCACUCUCUGGCUCUGCAGGCUUUUCAAAUAUGAAAAUGGCUCAGCUUAUUACCACGAAGAUGACUGCGAAGGGCUGCUGAAGGUGUGCCGUUUGGUCAUUCAUACUCAUUAUGAGGACUAUGCUACCGAGGGCUUUACUGUGCUCAGCAAUAAACAGCCUGUUAUUUACCAAAGUGCUGCAUGCAGAGCUGGCCUGGGACAACAUCUCUGCUGCCAGCUGGGACUGCCUCUGUCAAGUCUUUGUAUUGUACCCUGUAACACGAUGUUUGGUUCCUUGCACCAAAUGGAUGUUGCAUUGCUUGACAAGCUGAUUAAAGAUGAUCAGGACUCAGGGAAGGUUCCACUGUUGUUGAUCGCGAAUGCUGGAACGCCAGGUGCAGGUCACACAGACAAACUCAGUCGUCUGAAAGAGCUCUGCGUUCAAUACAACAUGUGGCUCCAUGUCGAGGGGGUGAAUUUGGCAACACUUGCUCUUGGUCAGGUCUCCUCCACUGUCACGGCGGCUACCAAAUGUGACAGUAUGACUUUAACCCCAGGCCCAUGGUUGGGUCUGCCAGCAGUGCCAGCUGUCACUCUCUACAGACAUGAGGAUCCAGCUCUGUCUCUUGAGGCUGGUCUGACUUCCAGCCAACCAGUAGAGAAGCUGCGGGCUUUGCCACUCUGGUUGUCCCUGCAGUACCUUGGGCACGAUGGGAUUGUAGAGAGGAUUAAGCAUUCCGCGCAGCUAAGUCAACAGCUGUUGGAGCACUUAAAGACACUGGCUUCAAUAAAGACCUCGGUGGAGGAUGAACUGAAUUCUCCAGUGGUCGUUUUCAGGUUUUCACAAGAGACCGGUGCACCGUCAAGUGGCGGCUCAGUAGAGGAAUAUUUUGCAGGGGAAAGAGAGAUCCUCGAUGCUCUUAACAGAUGGUUGGGUGAGCAGUUGGCACAGCAGGUGCCCAUCAGUGGUGUGGAUGUGGUUGAGCUGGAAGAUGAGGGCACAUGUGUUUGUUUCAACCCCCUCAUGACUGCUGCAGUGCUUGGCACUCAGGAGAAUGAUGUGGCUGCACUGGUGGAGAAGCUGGAAAAGAUGAUUCCAGUGCUGAGCUGCACCCUGCGCUUCAGACUGGACUUCAAAGAUGAGGUGCUUCAACAGGCUUCCCUCUCUUACAUUGAGGAUCUGAGCUGGCCUGGUCUGGGUGGUGUGAGGUAUGAGCCCAGAAGCACAGAUCUUUAUGAAGAUAAGAGACAACAGAGAGUGGAGAGGAUCAAUAGCGACCUGCUUAAGAAACUGAAGGAGCUGGAUACAGACCUUAGCUUCUCUGUUGGCCCUGAGUUUUGUGAAGAGAAAAAUUGCAUAUUUAUUGGAAUGGCAACAGAGGACCUAGAUGUGGCAGAGUUAGUGGAAACCAUAUUGUCUGUUGGGAAAGACAUUGAGGAAAGUGGAAAGUUAUUUGAGAACAUGACUGAAGUAGUAAGAAAAGGCAUUCAGGAAGCUGAGCAGCAGCUUCAAAAAGCCAAUGAAGAGAAGCUUAUGGAGGAGGGUGUGCUUCGACAGAUCCCUCUGGUGGGCUCUGUGCUAAACUGGUUCUCUCCGGUGCAGGCUUCUGUCAAAGGCAGGACUUUCAACCUGGCUGAAGGUUCUCUGGACAGCACUGAGCCUGUGUACUCUGUUAAAGCCCAGAUGAGUAAAGACGCCUCCCCUGAUUCCUCUAAGUCCAGCACUAAACGGUUACCAGGCCAAAAACUCUUCCGGCACCAUGGAGCAGGCUCUGAUUCUAUCAGUGAGACCAGCUCUGUUGGCCAGUUUGAAGAAUCAUUCAGGGAAGCAGCACCCAUCCAGUCUGCAGAGGAGGAAGUGGCUGAGGUCCCUCAGGAGCAUUCUUCACAUGCAGAUGAGGAAAUGAUCUCAUCAGACCAGCGUGUACCAGAAGGCCAAGAAACAGAGAGCGCAAACACCCUUAGAUAAGACUCCUAAACGGACGCAUCCAUGACCUUGAUGCCUUGAGCAAGCCACUCUUGAAAAAAAGGGAUAGUUCACCCAAAACUGAAAAUUCUUUCAUCAU